AUGGCCACCUCGACGAUAACCUCGUCUCCCACGCGCUCCCCGCCCUGGUCAGCUACUCCGGCCCGCGAAUGCCUCAUUCCCCGCGAAACAAUCAGCUGGAACAACUAUUGCGGUUUCUACGCGACUUCAUGGGGUGGGUGCCCUUCUGGCUACGCGCCGGCUUGCAGUACGGCCGUGGACACAGCCGACCCCUUUGUAUCGAAGCGGACGAUCACCGACGGAGGCCAGGCAACCUUGACAUAUGAGUGGUGGUUGAAGAGCCACUCCCAAGUGAUAUGCUGUCCAGGCACACUGCCUUGGUCAUGCACAGCGGGAGCAAACUGCAUCUUGACCACGACGGCCGGCUUCCUCGCCUCCGACCCAGCCCAGACCUCGCCAUCUCCGAUCUACGCCUACGGCAUCACAUACUCUGUGGAAGUACGCGAGUCCGUGGCAUCCACCAAGAGACUGGCCAAUUACGAAACAUCGUACUAUGGAGACGGGAAACCUGUCAGCGAGGCCUGCGAUGAAAGUUCCUGCCUCGGGGCGUUCACGGCGCCAGAGUCGAGGAACAUCUAUCCCUACGCGUCCCCGACGACCACGGCCGGGAAUGCAGCAGCUACGGACGGGCCGUUCGUCUUGCAGCCGCCGGAGAAGAUGGGACAGCUCGGCCCACUGGCCGUUGUUGCGAUCACGGGGUUGUUGGGGGCCGUGCUGCUGACGAUCGCGCUCUUGUCUCCGUUCAUGGGUGAGUAUUUUCGCCGCAAGGAGGGGCAGAAGCAGUCGCGAACGAUAAAUAGCCAGUAG